CUCAUGAGUCGAAGCCUCGCCCACAGAAGCCACCCGACAACACAACACAACACACACUGUCCCUCCGGCAGAGAAACUCCUCAGAAACACACAUUUCUCGGACCUGUUGUCCGCGGGAACAUGCAUUCGGGCCAGCUGGAGAAAGCGGGAUCUCUGAGGAAACGGACUCUCUCUCGAGGGAUGAGCGAAGAAGAGUCUCUUCGGCACAUCAUCAGAGAGGCAGAAGAGUCGAGCAGACACCUGUCCCGCAGCGACAGCCGGUACGGGAGCCUGAAGAGAGGAGCGAGGGAGGAGAGCCAGAGUGAAGAUGAUCUGCUUUCUGAGAACGUAGAAAUGGAGCUGGACUCUGAAGAGUGUGUGUGUGUGCAGGAGGAGUGUGUGAGGACUCUCUCGCUCCAGCAGGAGGCGCUGCUCUUCCAGGUUGAAGUUCUUCAGGACGCGCUCGAGGGGGCGGAGGAGAUGCUGGCCGAAACACAGCGGGAGACUCAUCAGCUCACACUGGAGCUGGAGAGAGAGAGAGCGAUGAGGAGGAAGAUGGAGGACAAGCUCGCCUCAGUCACACAGGAGAUGGAGAGGUUACGAGAGGAGAGGACAGUGGAGCAGACGUGCAGACCCGCUCCUGAAGGAUCAUCAGUGGACCGAGACGAAACUCCUCUCCCAGCCAGUGGAGGCGCUCCUGUGCAUCGCAACACACCAGUGCUACACCUGAAGAACAUCAUCAGACAAUCCCUGGGUCUCCCGGUGUGUGAGGAUCAUCAGACUCCAGAAGUGUGUGAGGAUCAUCAGACUCCAGAAGUGUGUGAGGAUGUUGAGACUCCUGAAGCUCAGGAUGAGAACGAGGAGAGCAGUGGAUACGAGGACGCCCCGUCCGAGUUCUCUCCCACUGCCGACUCUCCCGACGUUCCCGACGUUCCCGACAUUCCCGAUGAGGAACACGACGGGAACAUCCCUGCCAGGAACCGCACUAAUGAUGACUCCUGUACUCUCUCUUAAAGUCCUUUAUAUACACAUACUCAAAAAAAGGUUCUGAUAAAUUUGUGUACUAUAGAAUUGUGACACUUGAUCCAAGUUGCAUUCACUGAAACAGCCUUUGCACAAGCUAUCAACUUUACAAUGAAGACUACUUUGUUUUACUCCUCACCAGUCAACGAAAUUAUUUCGCAAAAGAAGGAAUCUGCACUUUGGAUCCCACUUUAUAUUGGGUGUCUUGUCUUUAACUAGUGUGUUUACUUUUAAAUAAUUUCAGGUGUAAUUACACUGUUGACAUUCCCAAACCUGUCAAUUCAGACAGGUAGAAGCACACUGUACCCAACAGAUAUCAUUUGCUGGCGUGAGUACAUUGUGGGUAAAGAGGACCUGCUCUGCCCCUUUACAGGCUCUACUAGAACAGGUUUUCCUUUUAAGACACCUAAUAUAAAGUAUGAUCGGACUUUGUUUCUGCUAGUAAAUUCCAUGUUUUUUGUUUUAAUUUUUUAUUUUUGUGUUGGAUUUUAAGACACUUGUUAAUAAGGAAUUACUUUGUAUUUGUAUUUUGGCCCUAUUAAAAAUGCAAUUAAAUUA